AUGUUAGUGCUUGCAAUUGGUGAUUUACACAUCCCAAAUAGAGCUAUAGACCUACCGGCGAAAUUCAAAAAACUACUAGUCCCAGGUAAAAUAUCACAAGUUUUAUGUCUAGGAAAUGCAACAUCAUCACCAUCAACCUUAGAAUUCCUUAAAAAUUUAUCACCAGAUUUCCAAAUAGUUAAAGGUGAAUUUGAUGAAAAUACAUCAUUACCAUUAUCAUUAAUCAUAACACAUGGCUCUUUAAGAAUAGGGUUCACGAAUGGAUUCACAAUAGUUCCUAGGGGUGAUCCACUUUCACUUCUAACAAGUGCAAGACAGAUGAAUGUUGAUGUUUUAAUAUGGGGUGGUACUCAUAAAGUUGAAGCUUACACUCUUGAAGGAAAAUUCUUCAUCAAUCCAGGUAGUGCAACUGAUGAUACGGAUGAUAUUUAUGACUCCGUCCCAAGUUUCACAUUGUUGGAUAUACAAGGAUCAGUGAUAACUCUUUAUAUUUACACCUACAUUGGUGGUGAAAUUAAAGUUGAUAAAGUGAGCUAUCGUAAAGACCAACAAUGA